AUCAUGAAUUUCUUCUUGGAAACAAUCCAAGUCCUCCUGCUGUCCAUGUGGUAUGGUUUAGAAUCCUUCAUCCACCUCUUUGUGCCCAUGAAGAGGAAGAACAUAGCUGGUGAGGUGGUGCUGAUCACAGGGGCAGGAAGUGGGAUUGGUCGCCUCAUGGCUCAGGAGUUUGCAGCGCUUGGAACUGUGCUGGUGUUGUGGGAUAUUAACCAGGAGGGGAUGAAGGAAACAGCUAGACUGGCUAAACAGAGCGGAGCCAGCAGAGUCCACUACUACCUGUGUGACUGCAGCGACAAGAACGAAGUUUACAGAGUGGCUGACCAGGUGAAGCGAGAGGUGGGUGACAUCAGCAUUCUGGUGAACAAUGCUGGGAUCGUGACUGGAAAGAAGUUUAUGGACGCUCCUGAUUCCCUGGUUGAGAAGACGAUGGAGGUCAACACAAUGGCUCACUUCUGGACCUACAAGGCCUUCCUUCCUGCAAUGAUUGCCAGCAAUCACGGCCACCUUGUCAGCAUUGCUAGUUCUGCUGGACUCAUCGGAGUCAAUGGAUUGGCAGACUACUGUGCCAGUAAGUUUGCAGCAGUAGGUUUUGCAGAGUCUGUGGGUCUGGAGCUACUGGCAACUGGGAAAGAUGGCAUCAAGACCACCAUUGUGUGCCCGUACUUCAUCAACACUGGGAUGUUUGAUGGAUGUCAAACUAAGUGGCCAAGACUGCUGCCAAUCCUUGAUCCACACUAUGUGGCCAAGAAGAUCAUUGAUGCUGUUCUCACAGACCAGGUCUACCUGCUGCUGCCCAAGAGUAUGUACAUCAUUGCUGCUCUCAAGAAUAUCCUUCCCAUGAAGCAGGGCAUUAUGCUUGGCCAGUACCUGGGAGCCUUCAAUCUCAUGGACACAUUCAGAGGACGCUCCAGGAAACAGGAGUGAAUGAAGAGAGAGGAGACUACGAAGUUCAGGAUGACUGAACCUUUCAAACCAUCAACACUUUUUUUUAUCUUAAUCUUGCCAGUGUGUAGGUGUAAUGAUAAAGAUUAGAGCAGGACAGUAUUGGCAAAGGUUCAGUUUGAAUAGUGGAGUUAAACUCCACUCUCAUUUCAUGGUUCAUGCUUAAAUUCAAUCAGUAAAUGCCCAUUAGUCUCUUUGUCUUACUCUGUAUAAUCCAUAUUUUAUUAUGUCCCUAAUCUACUUUUUUAAAAAUCAAAUUAUCAUUAGUAGAAUUUAAAUGUUUUCUUAUUAAUAACGCUUUGCUUUUAAUAGCCCCUAUUUCAGCCAGCUAGUGUUCCAGUCUUCUACUUGUUUAGGACCAGUCCAGACAAGGUAACGAUGCAUCAUCAGUCCAGGGCAUCCACAAACAGCUAAGUCAAACACUUACUUUCAUAAACAAAGGAAAGCAUGGGUAAAAGGACAAAUUGUAUGCUUUCUGAAAUCCCCAAGGUCUACAUGAAUGUUGUACUGUACAUUGUACUAAGACAAUGCAACAUGCAAACACUAGCCCAUCAGCAAACCAAAGGACCUUUAACUCUAGACAGAACGAUACAUGCUUCAAAACAGGAUGGUAAUGAACACAAUUCAAAGUGGAACUAGUGAAUUAAAGAGGAUGAAGUGAAUUUGCAGAUCACUAGAAACAUACUGUAUUGUGGGCUGUCUACACCACGCACAAAACCAUUUACUGUAAAUGAUGUUGACUAAUGCCCUGGCAGGAAAAUUGACAGGGACAUCACAUCUUUUGUUUUAAUGGACAUCUAUCCGUAUACACGUGUCACAAAUGAAGGAUUUUUUUUUUUUUGGUCACUUAGAAAAUUAUGACACUGACAUGAAGUAAUAUUCUGCUUUAAUGUCAUAUGAACACUGUUGUGACUGUAUCUAUAAUCAUUUCUACUUUCAAUUUAUUGUUAAUCAGUGUUUUGCAGUCAACACCAUUUCACAUUAAAAAAACAAGUGCUUAUACGCAUGAAAAGUGACACUAGUGAAGAGUUUACAUAUCUGAUACCUCACCUUCAAAAAGUUCAGUUUUCACCAUGUGUUCAGUUUGAUGGCUUGAGAAUUUUGGAAACAGCAAAUACACCGACAAGGCUUGGGCGGUAUGUAAUAUUUCAUAACUUCAUACCUUCUUGAAAUCUCACUGCCCCACAGAGGUGAGUGGGCUACUUACUUUCCACAUUUCAAACUAAUAAAUACACAAUAGAAACCCACAAAAUGUUAAGAACAGUAAUAUUCGCACACGUGUUUUCCUUAUUAAACACAGAAAUUCAACUGUACACCUUUUGAUUCCAACUUUCACAUAAAACACACUUCUUUCAAACUCAACAGAAAUAAAAUAAAACUGGCCAAGACAGUUUUGGUUACCCUUGCUAAUAAUCUAGUCUGUAAGUCCACUGUUCCAACAAUCACCAGCAUUGGUUUAGUCCAAAUUAAUCCUUAAAUCACCAAAUUGGAUGUAAAAAAAUAAAAACAUGCUGUGAUCCAAAGGGCCUUUCUCUGCCUGCUGGCUGUGGGCUGUUUACAGUCCUGUAACUUCUCCCUCCACUCCUAGGUGUCACAGUAUCUUUCAGCUCAGUUGGCUGUUCCACCAUUAAGACUGGAUACUGACCUCUGGUGGUGCGUGCUGUGCACUACAAACAAUGAGCUAAAUAGAAGGAGGAGCCCCUACAUAUUUAUGACGUAUUGAAAAGCAUACCUUCAGGAUUUCUAAAUACAGUGGUAUACUGUAAUACCAUGAUACUGCCCAAGCCCAGUAGUGACUGCUAAGGUUUUAGCUGUAACUACCUAGCAUUAUGUUAGCUAGACAUAAAUUAGCAUGCUUUAGCUAGCAUGAGUGUGUGGGGAGACCCCUAAACUUUUCUUCGUUUUUUUUAUUUCAUAAAGUGGAAUAAGAAGGCCUGUAGAUAAGCACACAUGAAACGGGCACUUUACGCAGCAAUCUGAUUAUGAAGGACACACCAUUAUGUUAGAGAAGCUGAGGGAGCUUGUGUGUUACAGCAAAUAUCCUCAAGUCAUUGUUUUUCAAGUUAUAUGCAUUAUGUAUAUUGCCCCACAUGCCAACAAUAAUGGUCCUGUCAUAAGGAUUAAGCACAUUUAUGAGCACACAGCCCUCAGUUUGAUUACAACCAUUAGAACACAUAUAUGAACACAUAUCCAUAAUAGAUCCAACUAUGUUUCAAUGCAACAGUGGGUCAUUAUUAAUGCAAUAUGUAUCUGAUGGCCAUCAUAUGAGUGUAUAUCAUUCGUAGAGAUUCUUCUUCUGUAAAAGUAAUCAUACACACUGAUCUAUCUGUAUCAACUGGAUUGUAAUAAAGUAUAUCCAUCUGUUGCCUUAAUCAUGCAAACAAUUCAGUGGGUCGUGAGAAAGAAAAAAAUGUGUCAGGGAUGUAGAUAUAUGUAUCUAAAGGUACAUCUGACUGCAUAUAAUAUGUUUUUAAAGCAACCUCACAGUUUGAGUGUGAAUUACUUGUUGCUGUUUUAAAAUUCUGAUCAAUAAAUUUCCAUUUCAAA